UGCCACUUUAGGGUGACUCUCAAAUUAAUUUUCUCCUUUAAAUUCCCUGACUAUUUAAUUUCUAAAGUGUGGAACAAAAUGAAGAAAUAUAUGAGUAUAAAACAUACAAAUCUUCACUCAAACUCAUACCUAUUUCAUGCACAAUAAUAUGGAUUACUUUUCUCUGACAUGUUUAUUCUUUUUCAUGUUGAAUUAGGUUAAAUGUGCCACUUUAGGUGUGACUCUCAAAUGAAUUUGCUCCUUUAAAAUCCCUCAGCCUUAUUUAAUUUGUGUGGAACAGUGAAAUAAAUGAGUAGAAAACAUAAAAAUCUUCACUGAAAUAGGUAAACUUAAUCAGGGCUUUCCCAACAGUCCACAGAAACUACCAACAACUAAUGUCAGAGUCCUAUAAAAAGACUGUAGCUGCUGAAACAGCUCAUAGCAACAACUUAGCUUAGACUAGCUAACGUUAAGCUAAGCUAAACUAGCAACUGUUAGCCAGGUACACAAUCACAAAACGCCGCAGGCAGAGAAGAAGUCGAGGAGGCAAACUAUGAUCCGAGGAUGAUUUCUGCUAAGAAAACUCCGGAGAAGAGUCGUUAUCCUAUCCACUAUUUGGUGUGGCACAACAAACACCGACAGCUGGAGAAAGAGCUGGCAACGAACGAGCAGACUGAUUUAGAGUCUGUGGACCCUCGUGGUCGGACUACUCUCCACCUGGCUGUCACGCUGGGCCACCUGGACUGUGCCAGGGUCCUGCUGCAGCACGGUGCUGACGUUAGCAAGGAGAACCGCAAUGGAUGGACAGUUCUUCAGGAGGCGGUGAGUACAAGAGAUCCGGAGUUGGUGCGUCUCGUGCUUCGUUACCGUGACUACCAGAGGACUGCCAAGAGACUGGCGGGCAUCCCCGUCCUGCUGGAGCGACUGCGCCAAGCUCAGGACUUUUAUGUGGAGAUGAAAUGGGAGUUUACCAGCUGGGUGCCCCUGGUGUCUCGUAUCUGCCCCAGCGACACCUACAGAGUUUGGAAGAGUGGUCAGUGUCUCCGCGUUGACACCACCUUGAUGGGCUUCGAACAGAUGACCUGGCAGAGAGGAAACCGGAGCUUCAUUUUCAGGGGACAAGACUCCAGUGCAGAGGUGAUGGAGGUCGACCACGACAGGCAGCUGGUGUUCUGCGAGACCUUGUGCGUCUCGUCUCUCGCGGCGCUCUCACCUGGCCGGGUGAACGGCGCCGCCUGCAGCAAAAACGACGCCAGUUUGGGCCUUCUGGGGGCGACGCAGCCCAGCGAUGAGCAGGUAGCAGCCAGGCUGUCUGCCGCCGUGGUGACCACUCAGCUGGACACACGCAACAUCGCCUUCGAGAGGAACAAGACGGGUAUACUUGGCUGGAGGAGCGAGAAGACUGAGACGGUGAAUGGAUAUGAAGCCAAGGUGUACGCAGCAUCCAAUGUGGAGCUGAUCACCAGGACCAGAACUGACCACCUAUCAGACCAGAACAAGAACAAGAUAAAAGGUGGGAAGACUCCACUGCAGAACUUCCUUGGGAUCGCUGAGCAACACAUGGGGCCUAACAACGCGGCCCUGGUGACCCAGAUGUCGACUCCUGCGCUGACCAACCCUGCAGCGCUGACGGCUGAGGAAUACUUCAACCCCGGCUCGUCACCGACUCAGAGGGACAUCGGCCACCCGUGCCAGCUUACCACUAAGACCCAGAGGUUUAAAGCCAAGUUGUGGUUGUGCGAGUCCCAUCCUCUGUCCCUGGCAGAACAAGUGGUGCCUAUCAUCGAUCUCAUGGCAAUCUCGAACGCCCUGUUCGCUAAGCUGCGUGACUUCAUCACUCUACGUUUGCCGCCUGGCUUCCCUGUCAAGAUCGAGAUCCCUCUCUACCACAUCCUGAACGCCAGGAUCACCUUCAGCAACCUGAACGGCUGCGAGGAGGGGACGGGCGUCCGUGCUGACAACGAAGUGGGGGUGGAGGGGGACGGGCAGAGGGACAUCCCGAGGACAGACACCCCAUCUCCAGGCAGUGACUCCUCCAGCGUCUCCAGCUCCAGUUCCACCAUGUCAUGUCGAGCCGGAGAGAUUCCCCCGUGUGUGUUUGAGCCCCCGCCUGGAUACUCCAUGCUAGGGGGCAAACAGAGAGACAGCAUGAGGGAUGAGGAGGAGGACCUGCUGCAGUUCGCCAUACAGCAGAGUCUGCUGGAGGCCGGCUCCGAAUACGAUCAGGUGACCAUCUGGGAGGCGCUGACCAAUAGCAAGCCAGGAACACACCCUCUGCCCAAUGACCCAAGUCGUCUGGAGAGGACCCCCCAGCACAAGCCCCGCGCCCCCACCAGCCUCUGCUCCACGCCCUCCAAGAAGCAGACGACCACCUGCAGCUAUGACGAGCAGCUGCGCAUCGCCAUGGAGAUCUCAGCUCGGGAGCAGGAAGAGGCAGAGCUCCGGCGGCGGCAGGAAGAGGCGGAGCUACAGCGCAUCAUCCGGCUGUCACUCAUGGAGAAAUGAGAGCUGAGUGUCCCAGCAGGGGUUUGACGGGGAGGGGUCUGGACCAAGGACACAUGGGAGAAAAGGGCAGUACGGGCUACUUUAAACUUAAAGCACACUCUGUAAGUGGCCAAUAUCAUCUUAGUGGUUUCAUACAAUCAGAUGGCCUCCUCCUUUCUCUCCCAUCGCCUUCGCCAGACCUUUCCCAUGAAGCCAUACAGCAAUGCGGCUGUCCGGCCUCAGACAGCCAGAGAGGGACCUCGGUUUCCUCUUCCUGGUGCCACAUGGUACUUUCUUGACCAGUGCCAGUUUACAACCAACGACACGUCCAAUACAGCAAGUUUAGUGGAAUGCCUCCUUGGAUGAGUGAUUUCUGUUUGUCUGCAGGUAUGUGUGUGUAUCUAUGUAUGUGUGUAUGUUUCAAAACCAGCUCUCCACACAGGGGUCAACAGAUCACCUUCUGUCCUGAAAACGUAAUGUGUUAGGCCAACUCUGCUCCAGCACUAACGCACACACUCACGGAGUCCUUUUGCCACUGAGUUGUGUGGUUUUCAGUCUUAACUGUGAUAUAAAAAUAAACAGUUGUGCGGACGGAGCAGUGACGAACCAGGACCAGCGGUGUGGGAGAUUACUGUAACCUUCUUGGUCAAGUUGAGUUGAAUGUCGACAAACCAUCUGACUUCCUCAGUUUUUAAUGAAAACCUUUUUAAAAAAACGGACUGGUGCAUUUUUUUUUUUUUUUUUUAUUUGCACAAAAUCCAGAUGUACUGUAUUUAGCUUUUGGGCGGAGCACAUAUAUGACUGUUAAUGGAUGUAGAUGACGAGUUUGAGCACAAACUAAACUCAGGCCAGUUGUAGUUUUAGCCGUUAAGACUGCAGGAGCACAGAUAAUGAUGAGACUACAAGAUAAACACUUGGUGUACUAACUUAUGUGACUGUGAAUGAGUUUGUGGCCGGCCUGUGUGUAAUACAAAACAAUAAUUAAAGGGACAUGAUAGUUUGUAAGUGGAUUGUGGAAUAGAAAUGUUACAGGAAGAGGUUUUCUGUAUAUUUGCAUCCUCUCACCUUACAUGAGUGGAGGAUUUCUGUAUUUCUGUGUAGUCACGGUACAAUGUGUGUACAAUAUUUCAGCAUGGUCUGCACCCGUGUGAGGUUCAUUUUGUCCGACUUGAGACUAGCCUGGAGACCUGCAAUAUCUGAGUAUGUUCUCUGAGGGAAAAUGUGCCCCGCAAGAAUCACUGCAGAGGCUAUAGACAGCAAUUUUAGGUUUUUUAUUUCACCCCAAUAGCAAGCUGGUUCCACAACACAACACGCUGAAAACAAAAGCAAAUCUAGUUCAGUUCUUGGAUUGGACAGAUUGUUCAGUCUUGCUCUUAUAAUUGUAAAAGUAACGUCAUAUUGCAGAGCUCAAGGCUAGCCAAACACUGAGGGACAUUGUUGCGAGGGACGAGGACGGACGGAGACAGCUUGUUUUUUUUUCCUUCUCUUUUUUAUUAUUUCUUUCAAAGAAAUGUACAACUUCAACACUCCAAUAUCAGCACAAACUGAGGAGAACCACCUCUGCCUCCUCUCCAAUUCACAGUUUAAGCUUGCCUGGUUGAUAAGAAUAAAAUAUUCAUUUUUUUACUUUUUAAAAAAUGCUGCAGAAACGCAGAUGCGGCAAGAUGUUUUCAUGGUGUAUGCUGGGAAGUGAGUUCAGAUAAUGAUUCAAAUAAAGAAACAUCUUUUGGACCAGCA